AUGAGAAGCAGAGGUGAAUGGUCUGAGGCCAGCCUAGCUAGGCUGGAAGGAGGUAACACUCCUAGUGUAGCAAAAGAAAAAUCAAGAGUGAAAAUCAACUACACAAAAUUAAAAACAAAAAAUCGAGAAAAAGAACUUAUGAAAUUGGCCCAACAGUUUGGUAAAAAUAUGGAAGAACUUGAUAUGAUCCAAGAGCAAGAUGGGAAGAAUCAUGAUUUUAUCCAGAUGACGUCAGAAAUGGGACAUUUAGAUAACCAUAAAGAUUCUGUGCAGAUGCCAUCAGGUGAUGUAGUUCCUGAAAUCAGUUGUACUCCCCUAAAAAAGCAAAUGAAAGGAGACAGUAGAAUAUCCUUGGCAAAGGUGCAAGACAGCAGUCAGAAACCCUUUGACCAAAAUGUUGAAGCAGCCUUUAAUGCUAUUUUUUAUGGUUCCACUCAGAUGUGUAGUGGACAGCUAAGCCAAGAUCUGUUAGAUGCUUUUUUGAACAAUAGUAAAACUUCCUUGAGAAAGAAAAAUGCCUUACUACAAGAGGAAAUAAUUACUACUGAGACUCUGCUCUCUGAAAACCUGCUAAAUAAAGCUCCAAUAUCACUUUCCCCUCAAAUAGACACUACCGUAAUACUAAACUCAUUGACUCCCUGUCCUAAGACACCAGCAGCACCUGAUAAACAGCUUGAUGAGUUGACUGCUAAUGAUUUUGAGGAUGAUUGGGAAAGCUUACUAGGCAGUGAACCCUUCCUUAUGGAAAAUGCUGAAAUGCUUGAAUUCGUUCCUUCUACAACUGCCCAAGAUACUUGUCAGAAGGCAAUUUGUACCUCAGUUGGUGAAAAUGAUACAAUCACAUCAAGAACAAAUAUGAACCUAGGUGGAAGGUUAAGAGAUUCAAAAGUAACACUGGAUCUUCCUUCAAAGACACGAAACAGAGAACUAAGAAAUGCUGUAGAAUAUAGGUUUUCAUCACAUCCAGGUGAUGAAUCAAGGAAGGUAUCAUUCACAGGAAAUAAAAUGAGUUUUGAGAAAUCUGUCACUAACAUAGUAGAAGAUGAAGAUUAUGCUGCUGUCUCUAAACUUAAAAAAGUGAAAGAAGAUAGUCACAGUAAGUGCAUAGUUAAUAAACAUUCCUCUAACAAGUCUAGUUCGUACACAAGGUAUCCUAAUAAACAAAGUUACGAGCUUGGUGUUAAUCUGCCUUUGCAAGUGCCCACUACUGAUCCAUUUGAUUCUGUGUUCUUGGGCAAAGAAAAUAUUGUGUGUAACACAAAUCAGUCUCCUGGAUCAAAGUUCAAUUCUUCCUUUGAUGACUGGAAUGAUCCGCUGUUGGCCAGUGAAAUGGUUGAAGCAUGUCAUCAGUUAGAGACUACCUGGAAAGCAGACAAUGUAGAUGAUGAUUUGUUCUAUCAGGCUUGUGAUGACAUUGAAAGACUAACUCAGCAAGAAAACAAUGGCAGCAAGGAGUCAGAAAGUAUAAGUAAUACGUCCAAAUGUGGGUCCAGAAGUAGCUCUACUGCAUCUAAACAAGGAAGUCAGUCGGGGCCAUCUAAACAUUGGAAUGUUGUCAGCUCUGCAGUGCCAUUGUCUUUAGCAAAUAAAUCACAGAUGAAUAAGCCAGUGACAGUACAGAAAAGAGACAUAUGUGGAGAUAGUCCCAAUAUUUUGGAUGCUACAAACUUGUCUGUGUGUUCUAAGAAUUCAAGUGAUAAUAAGCAUGGACCAGUACAAGUGAAUAGCUCAAAGUUUGUUCUUGGAGAAAGUUCAAAUUUGAAUGUAAAUUUAGGUCUUAUGAGCACAAAAAUUGCUACUAAUAUGAAGUUGAGUACUCAGCAGCUAUCCCACAACAGCUUAGCAGAUACAGCUCAGAAUGACAACAAAAUACUGAAGUUAUCAAAAUUCACAUUUAAGAAGAAAAAUCCUCAGUUAAAUCAAAAUCAUCUAGUGGGAAGUAUGCCUGUUGGCAAAAUCUCAGAAGAUUUAGGACAAAGGGAAACUGUCAAUUCAUUGCUUGAAGCUAAUCAGCAGCAAUCUUCAAUAAAAUAUUCUGAGUCUUUGAAACCAUCUUCCCCAGAUAAAGAAGAGAGAAAUAGGAAGUAUUCUCCUGAAGAAAUUCAACGAAAAAGGCAGGAAGCACUGGUUCGAAGAAAGGCCAAAGCUUUGCAUACUGUGCAGUCAGCUCCCAUUUCACUGCCUUGA